UUUGGAGACUCAACAAGUAGAACUCGCGAAAGGUGAUCUUUCCAGGUCUCGUAGCAGGUCCAGCAGCAUCUCUGGUACACUUAGGGAUUGGGCAUCUGACCCUGAUGAUUGGGAGGUGUCUGACUUGGGAGAAGCGAGCGAUGAUGAUGAAGCUGUUACUCCAGAAGUUUAUCGCGAGCUGACCAAUGAGCGUGAAGAGGACACUUCAAGUGCUGGGGAAGACGAAGAUGAAGACAUCAGUGCCCUUGCGUUAUUAGGGGAAAACCAUACUUCUUACCGCUCCCAAAGAGCCACAGAAGAGGAAAGUGUGGAUAUGGCGCUCCCUAGUCAGGAGCAGUCAGAGUCUGAUCCCGAUGUGGAUGACUAUGAAGAUACACCACAGGCUGCUGAGGAAGAUUCGAAAAACUCGAGCCCACCUAGUAUGCUGUUUGAUAUUCAGUCUCCUCCACGCCACACCUUGUUACCGCCAGCAAAUCAAGAUGCUGAACAGGAUAUCUCCCAUGAAGUGCCCUCAACACUAAUGCCGGCGUCAGGCUCUCCUGCCUCGAGUGAUGUUCAUGAUGCUGAUCCGGUUCUCUCCGAGAAGGAGGUGGACGAUUCAUUGUUUUCUGAAGCUGAUAUAACGAUGAACACUGAUGAUAAGUCCACUAUUUUGGCUGAGGAUCAAGCCAUAGCUGGCGACAAUUCUGAGAUAUCGUCGGCUGAUGUUAUCCCAGGAAACACACAAGUAUUAUUUGAUCAAGCAACACCUGCUGAAGAUGGACUUCCAAUGUCUCCCGCGCUUGUCGACAGUCGUGAGGGUACCACUCCACACAAUGACUCAGACGAUGAGGACGAAGAAGACAACAAUCUCAUCCCGGAGUAUCUCAAGCGGUAUGCCGUAGCUCCUAUUGAUUGGAAUACGGAGGAUAAAGUGAAGGCUCCCAUAUUACUUCGUGGGGUCCUACGGCCGUACCAACAGUCAGGACUCGAAUGGUUGGCGAGCCUCCAUGUCAAUAACUUGAAUGGUAUUCUCGCGGACGAAAUGGGCUUAGGAAAAACUAUCCAAACCAUUGCGCUCUUGGCACAUCUUGCUUGCGAUAGGGGGAUUUGGGGACCGCACCUUAUUAUCGUUCCUACAAGUGUCCUUCUAAACUGGGAAAUGGAGUUUAAGAAAUUCCUACCAGGGUUUAAAAUUCUUAGCUACCAUGGCACCACAAAGCGCCGAAAGGAGCUUCGACAAGGGUGGUAUAAUAAACACCAUUUUAAUGUUUGCAUUACAUCAUAUACCUUGGCUAGUCGAGACGCCCACAUAUUUAGGCGCAAAGCCUGGUAUUACAUGAUCUUGGACGAGGCGCACAUGAUCAAGAACUUCAAGUCGCAGCGUUGGAAUAUUUUGUUGAUGUUCCGUUCAUUUCGUCGACUUCUGCUCACGGGAACUCCUCUUCAAAACAACUUGACCGAGCUUUGGGCCCUUUUGCAGUUUCUCAUGUCUGGUACUAAUUUUGCUAACCUCAAGGAAUUCGGGGAAUGGUUUUCCAAUCCCCUGGAGAAGGCUAUCGAAAUGGGCACCGUCCUUGACGACGAGAAUAUGCAGCGUGUUACUAAACUACACACUGUCUUACGGCCCUACCUACUUCGCCGAUUGAAACGGGACGUCGAGAAAGAACUUCCUAGCAAAUUUGAACAUCUCGUCCUUUGCCAUUUAUCGAAGAGGCAACGGUUUCUCUAUGACGAGUUUAUGUCCCGGGCCCAGACUCGAGACGCGCUGCAUUCCGGAGUUUACCAGAAGAUUGCCAAUAUAUUAAUGCAACUGAGAAAAGUAUGCAACCACCCUGAUUUAUUCGAAGUUCGACCUAUCGUCACGUCCUUUGCCAUGCAACGAUCAGCUAUCGCCGACUUUGAAGUCAAAGAACUCCUCAUUCGUCGGCAAAUGGAUAAUCGAACUAUUCAAGGAUUUCGUGCCUAUCAAUCAUACCAGCAGCGCGCUCAAAAGAUCGCUCGCUGGACUCACAUGGGAUAUCUCAAUCGUCUGCGCUGCAAUCGGUUGCCUGUCAUUGACAGGGAAAUGCUGGCUACUGUCAGGACUUGCUAUCGCCCUCUACUUCCAUUGUCUGCUGUCGAUCUCAGCCGAAAUUAUUUGGAGACUACAACAUUGUCCAAUGCAGCAGUCAAGUCUUAUUCCAUGCGUGCCGAGGAGCUCUGUAGUGUGAUUGACAAUUUUGUUUUCGUCACACCACCCGUCGUUGCACUUGAUUUGCCUCGUAUCGCGUUGUCUGGCUUCGAAUCUAAGAUAGCGGGUUCGAUUCCGAAGUUGGAUUUCGAUAGCACGCUGCACCGGGCUAGCGUCAAGCUACAGAUAGCAUUUCCUAACCCCUCUCUUUUGCAGUACGAUUGUGGAAAGCUGCAGGAGCUAGCGAGGUUACUGAGGGAACGGAAAGCUGGGGGACAUCGUGCGCUCAUUUUCACGCAAAUGACUCGGAUCCUAGACAUCCUCGAGAUCUUCUUGAACUUCCAUGGUUAUCUCUACCUUAGACUCGAUGGAGCGACGAAAAUCGAAGAUCGACAAUACAUAACUGAACGAUUCAAUGUGGACACACGGAUCUUCUGCUUUAUCUCCUCGUCAAGAUCUGGGGGAGUUGGCAUUAACCUUACUGGGGCGGACACAGUCAUAUUUUACGACAGCGAUUUUAACCCCCAAAUGGAUAGACAGUGCGAGGAUAGGGCCCAUCGUAUCGGACAGAUACGGGAUGUUCAUAUCUAUCGGUUCAUAUCUUCGCACACGGUCGAGGAAGCGAUGCUACUCAAGGCAAAUCAGAAACGAUCUCUUGAUGAUCUCGUCAUUCAGAAGGGCGAAUUUGACUGGCGGUCACUCUUCGAGGAAGAGGGCGCACUGAGCAAGGCACUUGGCGAAUUUGAAGACACGGAGGAUGCCCACGCUGCGGCAGUUGCAGCGAGGGAGGCAGUCGCCAUGGAAGGGGCUGACGAGGCAGAUUUUGGAGCAGAAGGCGAUGUGGAGGCGGUAGAUGUAGCAGCUGAAGCGGCUGUCUCUGACGCGGCGCCUGAGCCCGAGACGCCGGCCAACAUUGAUCCCGUUGAAAUAUACGACGUGGUCGAGACUGACGCAGGAGGUGAUGCAGAGGAUGAAGGGGGCACAGUUGAUGAUUACAUGGUUGCCUUUGUUCAUUCUGACUACGAGUUCUUUAGAGACUGGCGGCUAUGAACAUACUUGUGAUUGGAUAUCUUGGAUUUGGACUCGAGCAUAUGUAGUAUCUUGUCAUGUAUCUUUCUUUUUCUCUCUUUUUUGCGACACUAUUCAAAUCUAGUGAAGACGA